AUUUUUAUUUCUAAGAUGGCGGCCCUACGCUCAAAAUCAAGGUCAUUUCUAGAAGCUAUUCCACGCUGUUUUUGCGGUGGCAAUUAUUUGUUAUCCACACCAAGGUAUCGUCUGUACUCAAAUUAUCAAACACAAGAGAAAAGUACGCAUUUUGGUUUUGAAGAAGUAUCAGAGCAGGAGAAAACUCAGAAAGUUUACAAGGUGUUUGAGAGUGUAGCAAGUUCAUAUGACAAAAUGAAUGAUGCCAUGAGCUUCGGGAUACACAGACUGUGGAAGGACAGGUUAAUCACUAUACUUAAUCCUCCUGUUGGAACAAAACUGUUGGAUGUUGCUGGAGGAACAGGUGACAUUGCAUUCAGAUUCCUAGACCAUGUUAACAAAAAAUCAGCAAAAAGGAAACAAAGAGGAGAAAGUAUUGACUCCCAUGUGACAGUGUGCGAUAUCAACAGAGCAAUGCUGCAAGUUGGCCAACAAAGGGCUGAAAGACUCCAUCAAUCCUCAGGAAUUUCAUGGAUUGAAGGCAAUGCAGAAGAGUUACCAAUUGAUACUGCAUCAGUUGAUGCCUACACCAUAGCAUUCGGAAUCCGAAAUGUUACAAGAAUUCAUAAGGCUUUGAGUGAGGCCCACAGAGUUCUUGUUCCUGGUGGAAGAUUCCUGUGUCUGGAAUUCAGUGAAGUAAAAAAUGAGCUUAUCUCUAGUGCCUAUGAGAAAUAUUCCUUUGAUGUUAUACCAGUUAUGGGGCAGAUCAUAGCUGGAGAUUGGAAAUCUUACAAGUAUCUAGUUGAAAGCAUUAGACAAUUUCCAAAUCAGGAAGAGUUUGCAAAUUUGAUUGAAGAUGCAGGAUUUAGUUAUGUAACUCAUGAAAACUUAACCUUUGGAAUAGCAGCCAUUCACUCAGGCUUUAAAUUGUGAAAACAUUUGGAAUUUGUGAAUAAAUAUUGUG